AGCGCGCGUUUCUGAUAAGGUCGGAAUAGUUAAUAUAGGGCGAAGCGUUCGAACGAAAUAGACAGACAGCGACAUGAAGACUGCGUUUUGUAUUUGCAUAUUUGCUUUACUGCAGCAAGCAUUUUCACAAUGCCUGCCAGCAGCCCCAGCGUAUUGCCUAUCUCCACCAGCGAUAGACCUGUUUCUGCCGCCGCUAGCUCCACCUUUGCCAUUGCCACUACCAGCGGCUCCUCCCUGUGCGGACCUGCCCUAUUUAACUCCAGUGCUAGCGUCCACGCUCUCAGCUUCCCUGGCGGCUACUCUACCACCGUUAUUAGAAGCAGCACUGCCAACUGUUUUAACAUCAGCUUUGGCGGCAGCAGCACCACUGUUGGGAGCCUUACCGUGCGGACCGUUGCCAGCGUUGCCGUGUGGACCGGCGCCAAUCGCGUACGCUGCCCCUGCCCCAUGUGCCUGCGCUGCACCAGCACCGAUCCCUUGUACUUACGCAUCCCCUCUUCCUACAUGCACAUGUGCUGCCCCUGCUCCUUUAUAUUACGCUGCUCCAGCCCCGCCUACAUGUAUAUGUUUUUAAAUCAAAAUAUUUAAAACGUUAACAAAUAUUUUUGAUUAUUUUUUGAUUAUUACUGAAUUGUAUUACCUUGAAUUGUAAUUAAUCUCAAAAUAUAUUAUGUAAAUAAGAUAAAAAUGUAAAAGAAAUUUUCGAAAUAAUAAAGUUUUUGUAUGAUU